GUGUAUUUCAUGCAGUCUAAAAAAUUUCUGUAUUUGCACAUUUUCUACUUUCAUUACAAGUGAAGAUAUUGAAAUGAAACAAUUGAAAUGUAGUGAGGAGUCACCAGCAUUGUGUUGAAUACAUGUGUACACCCUGAGUGCACAGUGCCUGCCUGGAAACUUCCACAGCUUACUGAUAUGAUGGUGUUAAGACUGUAGAGUCAUUAAAUGGGAGUGAACCAGUGUCAAAUAAUUUCCCACUUCUGGAUCUCCUGGCCCUACUGAAUUACAGGCACUGGCACUACAGCUGUUGUCUCGGAUGCUCCCCCCAGCUGCCUGACCCUGCACAAGCUGAGGCACUGCUGCUAGGAAGAAGAAGGAUUAAGUCAGUCAGCAUCAAAUACCUGUUCUUAGCUCAGCUACUGAAGAAAUUACACUUUUUUGAGUAAUCUGAAUAUUGCAUGCUGGAUUUUUUACAGUCCGUACUUUAUAGACUUUUUACAGUCUGUAGUUUAUAAACUUCUUUCAUGGCUUGAGGCAAAGAUAAUAAACACUUCCUUUGAGUCACAACCCAACCUUGUUUCCAUUGCACUGUCCAAGAGUUUCCUUAGGACCCUGACCCUAUGGUCAGAGGUAGGAGUUAACUUUUACAGGUGCUCCUUGGCAAAUCUGUGUUGCUUUGUGUGUCCUUUGGUAUGCUGGGCAGGGGUACUGGUGGAUAUCUUGGGAUGGGAUAAAGGGAUAUCUUGAUGCUGACUUUAGGCACUUGGGGCUUAGGGCACACAGAUGUGUACAGAUGUGCAUGUCUGUGCAGACUUUGGGCAGUGCUUUUUCUUGCUUAGAGUAAUAGAAAAGGGGGGAAAGAGAGAGAAGGGAAAGGUUCUUAUAUUUUUAAAUGUUUUUCUUUUAUUGGGGUAUGGAUUCUAAUCGUGGAGAGUGGGCUUUUCUCUUGAGUUUUGCUUGUGCCUGUGCAGAGCUAUCCUGUCCUGCCCCCGGGCUGGCUCUGGGUGUAGCAGUCCACCCUAGUCCCGGGCUGUGAGUCGCAGGAUCGGUAUGUACCACAGCAGCUGUUAGUGCUCAGGCUUGGGGGUGGGCUGGGACAGGUGGGUUAAACUGUGAGAAAGAUGCACAUCCAGCCUUUGACUCUUUUCUUCUUCGUUUGUGUUGUUGCAUUCGGGCCAGUGGUUGCUGAUACUUCAUUCUCUUGCUGUCUGUGUUUAAACUAUCCAUAUUCAGAUUGCUUCAGGCAGGAGAGACUGUGACCAGUCUGGAAAGCUGCAUAUUUACUAGAUCUGAUACUGGUAAAACCUGAAUUUCCCCCUGCUGUCAAAGGGAAGAGAAGUGUGGUGUACUGGAGAGAGCAAGAGUAAACAUACCAACAAUAGGCUUUACUUCCCAGGAGCACUGCCCUUUCUGGAGCAUUUUGUUAUCUGGCUGAAGAUGCCGAAUAUGCAGAACAUUGUGAUGUGGCCAGAGUCUCCAGGACAAGAACUGUCAAGUGAAACAGCUGAGGUGGAAGCUAGGAGCUUACCUAUGGAGCUGAGUGAGAAGGGAGGCGUGCAGAACAAUGGAUUUGUUCAAAAUGAGGAUUUUGAGGACAAGGAAACAGCCACUAGUAGCCAAGAAGAAAUGCCAAAAACGUGCAGCGUUGAUGUGGAGCCGGUGGAUGUGGAGGAGACGGUGUUGAAGCCUUAUGCUGGGAUGCCAAAGGAGGUCUUGCUGCAGUUCUCCAGCCAGGCCUGCUACAGAGUCACCAGGGAGAUCCUCUUCUGGCUGGUGAUCGCUGGUUCUGUUGCGCUGGUGUGUGCUACAAUUGCCAUCAUUGCUCUCUCUCCAAAGUGCCUUGACUGGUGGCAGGCCAGUCCUAUUUAUCAGAUCUAUCCUCGCUCCUUCAAGGACAGCAACAUGGAUGGGAAUGGAGAUCUGAAAGGUAUCCAAGAAAAACUGGACCAUGUUACAUAUUUGAAUAUAAAAACCAUCUGGAUUACCUCUUUCUUUAAGUCCCCUUUAAAAGACCUUGGAUAUGGAGCUGAAGACUUCUAUGACAUUGAUCCCAUUUUUGGAUCAAUGACAGAUUUUGAGAAUCUGAUUGCAGCCAUACAUGACAAAGGGCUAAAGGUGAUAAUGGAUUUCAUACCAAACCACACGAGUGACAAACACCGCUGGUUUCAGCUGAGCCGCAAUCGGACCGGGAAGUACACGGACUACUACAUCUGGCAGGACUGCAGGCAGGCUGCUGGCUCUGUCAUCCCUCCCAACAACUGGGUGAGUGUCUUUGGGAAUUCCAGCUGGCAGUUUGACGACGUGAGAAAACAAUGUUAUUUCCAUCAGUUUGGGAAGGAACAGCCAGACUUAAAUUUUCGCAGCCCUGCUGUCCAGCAGGAAAUGAGUGAUAUUAUCAAAUUUUGGCUUGGCAAAGGAGUUGAUGGAUUUAGUUUUGGCACUGUUAAAUUUCUCUUAGAAGCAACACAUCUCCGGGAUGAGCCUCCAGUGAACAAGUCUCAGAAUGGAGAGAAUAUCACAGCCUAUUCCCAGCUCUACCAUGACUACACCACCACACAAGUUGGUUUGCACGACAUCAUGCGCAGCUUCCGCCACACCAUGAAUGAGUUCAGCAGAGAGCCUGGCAGAUACAGAUUUAUGGGUUCUGAUGAUGAUGAAAAGGAAGAUAUCGAAGCAACAAUGAUGUAUUAUGGAACGACUUUUAUCCAAGAAGCAGAUUUUCCCUUCAAUUUCAACCUCAUUAACAUGAAAAAUCUAUCAGGCAACAGUAUUUUUGAAGCUGUCAACACGUGGAUGAAAAACAUGCCUGCAGGAAAAUGGCCGAACUGGGCAGUUGGAAGCCCUAAUGCCGCUCGGAUUUCAACUCGGAUUGGGAAGGAGUACAUCAAUGUCAUGAACAUGCUGCUUUUAACCCUCCCUGGCACUCCUGUGACUUACUAUGGUGAAGAAAUAGGCAUGGAGAACAUUGCAGCAGAAAAUGCAACCCUCCCAGAGAAAUCCCCCAUGCAGUGGGAUGGAAAAGUUAAUGCUGGUUUUACUGAGGGCAACAGCAGCUGGUUACCUGUUAACUCUGACUACCAAAGUGUAAAUGUGGAAAUCCAGAGUGCCUGGUCCAACUCAACCCUGGGUUUGUACAGAGCGCUGACGUUGCUGCGGAAGGAUGAGCUCCCCAUCAACCGAGGGUGGAUGUGCCACGUCUGGAAUGACAGUGACGUGUUUGUGUACGUGAGGGAGCUGGAUGGGUUAGACAGAGUCUUCAUGAUGGUGCUCAACUUUGGCCAGGAGUCAACAACAGACCUGCAGGCCAUAGUUCCUAACCUUCCCUCUGAAGCUGUAAUAAGACUCAGUACUCAUUUCAGCAAUGCUGGUGAAGUGGUCAAUACCAAACUAAUUAAAACUGAAAUGGGAGAAGGCCUGGUCUUAGAAUAUACAACAGCAAAGCCUGUUCAUACUAUGGAAACUUUUCAAGGGAAGUGUUUUGUGGCAGAAAAAGCUUGUUAUUCCAAGGCCCUCAAUUUACUCUACAUGAACUGUUAAGAAGAGGAGCAGAAUACCCAUGCUUUCCUGUUAAUUUAGAGGAUAUUAGCUUCAGGGAAAUGCUAAAAAUACGCCAUUUUCUUUGGCUUUUAAAACUUUAUUUGUAUACUAAAUAAAUGUCCUGAAAAAUCA